AACCCCUCCACCACCCCCUAAACCCCACAACCCCACUCUGUCCCCAGUACCAGCCGACGCCUCGAACCCGUCCAGCGUGGUGGUGUCGGUGCAGAACGUCAGCGCGGCGCUGGGCUCGCUGGCCGUGCUGCCCUGCCAGAGCCAGCGCAUGGUGUGGACGCAGGAUCGCCUCAACGACCGGCAGCGCGUGGUGCACUGGGACCUGCUCAGCUCCUACUACGGUGAUGGGCGCACGGAGAGGCUCUGUGAUAUGUACUCGGCCGGGGAACAGCGCGUCUACAGCUCCUACAACCGCGGCAGGAUCCGCAUGCCCGACAACGCCUUCACCGACGGCAAUUUCUCGCUGGUUAUUGAAGGCGUUGCCGAGAGCGACGCGGGCACCUACUCGUGUAACCUGCACCACCACUACUGCCACCUGUACGAGACGGUCAAGGUGCAGCUGGUGGUCACCAAGAGAGGUGGGCGGGGGUCUCACGGGGGUCCCUGGG